CUUGAUUGACGUCCGUGAAUGACCCGCAGCCUGCGAGAGAGGAGAGUCAAUCCUGGCUUUAAUCAUUAUAAGCCUGCCAGCAUUGCACUCCCGGGAUGCCAUCCGUUAUAUGCAAUAUGCGAGAGCUGGUAUAUUACAUUUAGUGAGAUGAACUGGACGGAAUCACCCCAUGCUGGCAACGUCUUGUGAAGAAAGGAACUUAAUGUGGCUGAAAGAAAUUGGCAACUGUAGGAACUGGUUGUGAAGAAACUCGGUGAAUAUUGUUUGGUGACUGUGUGUUCUUGUAUGUGCAUUAUCGUGUGUGUGAAGUCAGAUGAUACAUACACACAGAAGCAUUAAAUGAAGACAAACGUUUCAGGAAUGUUGUAGAAGACAUUCGUCGGAUGCAUGUACAAUCAAUGAGCAGCACUGAUGAUGAUGGAGGAGUAUCAGAUUGAUGGAAAGAAAUAUACACAUUGCCUUGGAUACUGUCAGUGAACCAAUGAAAAGGUUUGAAAUGGUUGCAUUUCCGGUGCUACUUACCUGGUAAUUCUGUGUCUCUUGGAAUAAACGUUUAAUACAGACCAUUCGCACAACAGUCUGAUAAAACUUUUACAAUGUGUGAUUCUCCCGGAAGGCCUAUAAUGGAGGACGUCUCCAAAGCGUCACCGUCUAUCAGGAGUGUUGAAAACAACACGUACAUGCCUCCCCCAGUUGUUCUCGAGAUACGGAGAUCGGACAGAAUGAAGAAAAACUUAAUCAGCUUCGCGAAAAAGUUCCUAGUCUUCAUGGUCUCGCAGGUAGGUCUGACCUGCUUGGUUAUAGGGUAUUCUAUCAUGGGAGGGUUCAUCUUCAUGAAGUUAGAAGCUGAACAAGAAAUACAGAAUAAAGUGGAAGUGGGAUUUACGAGACAAUUCUAUGUAAAGAGGCUAUGGGAUGUCACUCAAAAUCUGAACAUUCUCUUUGAGGCCAACUGGUCGGCAAGUGCGGAUGAAAUUUUCCAGGAUUUUCAGCAAAAUAUUUACAAGACUGUGAGAGAGACGGGCUGGGAUGGCACUGAGACGGAAGAAGCUUCAGAGUGGACUUAUGCAGGGGCGCUGCUUUACUCCGUUACUGUUAUCACAACUAUAGGCUACGGACACCUGACCCCUCGUACUUUCUGGGGUCGCCUAGCAACCAUAAUAUACGCCAUAGUGGGGAUUCCCCUUACUCUUCUCUGCCUCACCAACAUUGGCACCUUCAUGGCAAAGUGUUUUCGGUUCUUUUGGAAAAAGAUCCCUCGGUGCCGAUGCGAGAAAAGAAGCUACCAGGGGAGGAUCCUUCAUCGAAAGUCCGACCGAGGCAGAACAAGCUAUACAUACGGAAAUGAAGAAACAGUGGACAGUGUUGUGGAGAGUCCACCCGAACAAAACAACACUCUUGUCAGAAUACCAAUUUUUGUGUGCCUAUUGCUCCUCGCAGGGUAUAUAUUCCUUGGAGCCAUGUUGUUCACUCUGUGGGAGCCGGAAUGGAACUAUUUGGAAGGGUCGUACUUCUGUUUCAUAACCCUGAGUACGAUUGGGUUUGGAGACUAUGUACCUGGAUAUCAUCAUGACUCGUGGCACAACCAAGCGAAACGCGUUUCAUGUACCUUGUACCUUUUGUUCGGACUUGCUUUGAUAUCAAUGUGCUUCGACCUGAUCCAGUCUGAAGUUAGGGAAAUAUUCAAAGGCUUAGCCAGAGCAAUGGGGAUAUCUAAAUCUGGACCUGACAGGGUUUGAACAGAACCAGAUCUUUACUUACUAUUGUACUGGGACCACAGACAAAUGGAUUUGGAUUGUACAAAGAAGUAUUGUCUUGUAAUUGUGUAGUGUUUGUGUAGGUAUCAGACUGUUCUAUGAGGUACGGCUCAACGUCUACCACAAUACGUGGGUGAAUAAAGAACACGGACAUACUUGAUCCAGGAAUUCAAUGCAAAUCGUUGUGACCCAUAUUCAAGAACAUUAUUCCUGUUUUUAAGGUUACGCCAUUGACCUUCGAUGUCAUUUCCUCACCAGGAAAAUGGCAAGCAACUCUGAAUGUUGAUGAAGUAAUUAUGACCAAACAUAUAUAGCAUCGGAUGUACUUAAGGUUAAUUUGAAACAAAUAAUCUAAUUUGCUUCAUGUUGACCCGGUAGGUCAGCGAUUUGUACAAGAUGCAAUGAAGUCGCACGAAAUCAUCGACUAUAACGAACUCGACCCUGACACAUACUUUCAUGUUUUUAAACACUGCCCAGGUGACGAGGGAAUAUAGCUUGAUCAUAAACCUGAGCUACAUUUAUAACUGACUAAGGCAUCCAAUCAUGAUUUAAUGCAGGUGGGUACAAAUAACCAAAUCUUCAAAUUGCGAUGUCAAAGUUCAAGGUUGAUUCCGUUACCUAUUUGUCUUCUGAAGGACAAAGGAAUGUCCUGAUAUUGUGUCAUAGCCUUAUGGGAGAUAUCGAACUUAAAACUCGAUAUUUAAAUCAGUAACGACGCAUCAUAUACUGGACAAAAAUAUUUAGGGAUAUGUGUAAAUUUUGAAAUUAUGAAUAAUGAUCUAUAUAUUCAUUGAUGCACUGACAAAACAGCUAUCAUUAAAAUACAAAUAUCCCUAAUUUAUUUUGUCCAGUAUAUAUACAGCGUAUUGCAAUAACCCCGGAGACACGUGGUGGACUUUGUUACAAUGCAAGAUCCGUUACAGUUGUAGUUUGGAAAUAUUUGUCCUCAUAAGAAUAUAUGGGUAUGAGUGCUCCAUUAAACAUGAACCUUAACAUGUACUUUUGUUAAUAUAACAAUGGACAAAAAGAACAUAAACAAUAGCAAUGCAACAUUCAACUCAUACUUCUCAACUGAUACUCAUGUGAAACGGUCCACCCCAACUCAACCCUAUUCUACCCACGCUGUCUUUGUCUUUUAUCCACGGUGAUUCAGGUAGCCCGUAAAUACUCGACUUAAAUUAAGGUUCAAGAUUCUGCCAAAUUGUCCACCGUCGCCUCAGACUCGGCUGCAGCAAAUUAAACGCUGAUACGUUUGGUCGACAUGCAUCAGAAACCCCAGACUGCACACGUGGGUAUCAAUUUGAGGAUGCAACUCAGUUUUUCUUUACUUUCCACAAUACGACAAUAUCAGAAAGAGUAUGUAAUUUUAUAGACAUGGGAAUGACCUGAAAUCUAUACGUCAUGGCCAUAGUUCAAAGCGAAACUGCAUUUAUCAUAUUUUUCCACAGACACCACUGUCUUAAAGAAACCUGACUCUAUAUAUUCCGUUUGUGCAAUUGAACAUUAUGCUUAGAACUAUCUUGUAAAACGGAUUACCAGCUGUGUCAACUCAUUACCUGGAGAGGUAUUUAUAUGACCAAGUUUCGCAUUUUUACCGAUCCAGAUUUCUUUGGAACUAAACAAAUACCAUGUAAUUAGAUCUUCCGUGUGUUGUGAAACAAAUGAUGGACAGGCAAGACGAUGAACCUUCAAACUCUAUUUACACAGCCCAAAUAGUUAAGUCGCCUGUGGGUACAUUCAAAUGUUUCAUUUGAUAAUAGGGGGUAUAUGUCGAAAGUGUAAGAAGUUGUCAAAUAGUUUACAUCACAAACACAACGUUCUCACUCUGGUACUGAUUGUUAGAACAAUCACCUGGCUCACGGGAUAUGCACCGUGGGUACGAAUUCUUAGUUCAAUAGAUUGACUUACAAGCUUCCAAUUGCUAGUUCGAUCAGUUGACUUACAAGCUACCAAUUGUUGGUGCGAUCAGUUGACUUACAAGCUACCAAUUGUUAGUGCGAUCAGUUGACUUACAAGCUACCAAUUGUUGGUGCGAUCAGUUGACUUACAAGCUACCAAUUGUUGGUGCGAUCAGUUGACUUACAAGCUACCAAUUGUUAGUGCGAUCAGUUGACUUACAAGCUACCAAUUGUUGGUGCGAUCAGUUGACGUACAUGCUACCAAUUGUUACAAUAGAUUGACUUACAAGCUACCAAUUGUUAGUGCGAUCAGUUGACUUAGAUGCUACUAGUUAUUACAAUAGGUUCACGUACAUGCUACCAAUUGUUUCAAUAUAUUGUCUUACAGUAAGGCUACCAAUUGUUACAGUAGGUUGUCUUAUUGUUGACUUACAUGUUACCGUUUCUUACAGUUGGUGAAUUGCAUGUCACUUAAAAUUAUUGUUACCAUAAGUUGUCUUACAUGCUACCAAUUGUGGGGAUAAGGUUGCCAAUUGUUCCAAUCGAUUGAGUUGCAUACUCUCAAUUUGGUGGAGUCAGUGCAUGUGGUUGUCCACAUAAAAAGCCCACCUAUAUAAGAAUUUACAUUGAUAACAUUUUACACAUUAUAAUAACACAAGUUAUACACGUUCCUGCAGUAAAACAUAGAAUAGAAGUACUUGUCCAUAGUGGGGCGGUGGGGGUAGCCUAGUGGUAAAAGCGUUCGCUCGUCAUGCCGAAGACCCGGGUUCGAUUCCCCU